UCCCUAGAUAAAGAAAGGCAGACGGUUCAUAGAAAUGUCUGAAGAAAUAUGGCAGAGGCUUCCUCGGGCGCCCCAAGUUGCCAGCGGAUUACUUUGCAAAUCCAGAGCUCAGUCAUUGGUGGACGGCUGCACGUGACUACGGCACCCUUCUGUUCCAGGUUGAACCUGCAUGAAAAGUCUGAGUGCCCACUGGAGCCUGUGGUUCACUGCCAUGCCAAGGGCAAGCUGGACAUAAAGAGCAGGAGCUGCAGUAUACUCACCAUCUGCCACUCUGGGGUAAUUUUUCCCUGGAUGAAGUCACGGACGGCUGCCUCUGAACAAUCUGUAAGUGGUGGCAUGGCAGCUGGUGUGUCAGGCAAAGGAGUGAAGAGGGAGAGAACAGCCUUCACCAGCAACCAGCUGCUGGAGCUGGAGAAAGAGUUCCACUUCAGUCCUUACCUAUGUCGUCCCCGGAGGCUGGAAAUGGCUGCUGAGUUGCAGCUUACUGAUCGGCAGGUCAAGAUCUGGUUUCAAAAUCGCAGAAUGAGACACAAGAGGGAGUCCAUGUAUGGAAAUGUGCCACAAAGGUCUCCUUGCAAUAUAAACUCUUGUGCAGAUCACCUAGGACUCCCAUCAGCAUGUGCUUUCAAAACUUCCUCCACUUCUUCCUCAGACCUGUACUCCAUGGAUUGUGCUGUCUCAUCCAUGUUUGGUGCUUUUAGCAGUAGCAGUGGUGCUCAGUGUUUUCACCCUGCAGAUUAGCGCCAUCUCAAUUUCAUGCUUCCAUCUAUUGCAAAUGGUCCACCACCCUCCUGCACAGACGUAGAUGGUCAUCAGUGUGCUAGCAUUUCAAACUGGCCCUGAGGCCUUAUAAUGGCCAUCUGUUUGGUGCUCAUCAAAAUCUCAAUCAUACAUCCACUUUUACUUACUUGUGAAAGACUGGAGGGUGUCUGAUCAUCAUCCUAGGAAUGCAGUCCCCUAGGAGACCCUUUCAUUAUUCAUAAAAAAAUUUAAUUAAACGGUAUGAACACAUCUUAAUUAAAGGAGAGCCAAGCAAUACCAUUUCGGUUUUUCAGGCACAAACUGAAGACUUCUAGUUUUAAAAUGUGCUUUUCAUACAUUUCAUAGCACGUGGAAGACAUAGAACAAUUAUUAAUUACAUAUUUUUGCUGUAGCUUUGUAAUAUUAGUAUUAUUGCAUGUUCAGUGCAUGUGGGGAACAAUCUUUGAGUGACUUUUUUUUUUACUAUUUAUUUAUUUUUUCUUUAUUCCCUUUUUCUUGUUAGAUACUAAUUAAGUGGUUGUUACAUUUUUCUUAGGGCCUCUUAUCAUUGUGAACUAUGAUAGCAGCAAAAUGUUUUAACUGUGAAAUGAGCAAAAUUCUGUUAAUAUUUAAUUAUGUUAUAUUUUUGUUGAAGGCAUUACAGCAUCCAGUAAGUCUUUCAUAUUGCUCUUGAUUAAUUGAGAUGUCAUAUACUGUACAUGUUUAAUAAAUUCAUUUGGGAAAACUGUA